CUUUCGCGGUGGUUUUUUUUUGUUGUCACAUUUGACCACCUCAGUGUUCUCGAGAACACUGUCGCGCCCCCUAAAGGUCGAUGGCCGGCGUCCUUGGGCUAAGGCUCUCUUCAUCUGACAAGUAACAUUUCAGUCCACUCGGUCGGAAUUUCACCACCAAUUGACAGCUGACAUCUCUUCAUCACACCCAACGCCUUGGGUCAGCCGACAACCAAUAACCACACCAUAUCUUCCUCCCACGCCCUCCUUCAAUCGCUUCCUCACCCUCUCGUUGAUUACUUGCAAUUUCUAUGACGCCCUUUCCAAUAGCCCUUCCAUUCCAAGUAGCCAAUGGAGGAAGGAGGACCGCAAUUUUCAAAGAAGGAAAAGAAGGGUCUGCAAAGUAUCUGGCAGAGAAUCAGACGUCUUUUUCGACAUAAACCUCAAGCUCUCCCAGCAAAGCCAGCCGCGCCGGCUUCUGCGACCAAAUCUACUCCAACACCACCCGCAUCGGGCCCCAAGGCUGCACAGAGCCCUGGAGAACCGGCACUCGAUUCCCAAUACCCUGCCACCGACAAGCAAUCCCCCAUUGAGGUCGAUGACAUGCAGGAGAAUACUCCUUUACCUGACGAGCCCUUGGCUCUUCCACCCCGUGACCCGCUGUCCGAGUAUCCAAACGACCAAGAACUCCGUUUCUACAAGGCCAAAGCCAUCUGUGCCCGAUACAACAUUGAGUUGACUGAGGCUGAUUGGGUGGUGCGACCCAAAGCCCAACAUGAAAGAGUGUCUAAACCUAUAAGACAAAGGGUCAGAUAUACCUGUCAUAACUGUUCCACCUCCUUUGGCUACGACAAGAUCUGUAUCGGAUGCCAACACCGUCGCUGUACACGAUGUUCUCGUUAUCCACCAAGGAAAGACCGCUCGAGAGCCGCCAGAGAAACGACGGCGCAGCAACAACAACAGCAGCAACAGCAACCACAAGACACGGACGGCGAUAAUGCGCGGAACAGCAUCGAGGGUGCCUGCCACGAAUGUCAGACUGGCUUCGAACUCGGCACCCAAGAAUGUCCCAAUUGCCACCACCAAAUAUGCGACCGAUGCAUUAGAGAGACUACGAUUUCGAUCGAUGAAUCGUCGCGCGAAACUGACGAACAAAGAGCUCCGACCAGUCGAUCCACUGCCGUCAGCUAACAUCUACUCCAUCACGACUUGUUUAUUUUUAUUCCCCAAUCUCAGUCUAUUCCUUCCGAGCAUUAAAAUGAUGCGAUGACGACUCUACUCUAUCACGACUUGAUCUUCCGAUCUGAGCGUUCUCGUUAUAAUACUCAUCCAGCCGGCGUUCUUAUGGGAAAUUGUUGAGGUUUCUUUUUGGGUUGCAGAGGCGACAGGACUUGAUUUUGACUUCUUUGAUGAGCCUACAGUGCAUCUUUUUGCCAUUGAUCUAUCAAAGAAUACCUCUGCGCUACACAGUGCGUAAGUCGAAAGACUUG